AUGGCCAGUUUCUUAACAAUGUAUGGACUUGUCAAGGCGGCUAUCUUCAUCAACGUCUGCGCUCUCGCGAUAACUAUCAUCAUGAUGACUCUACCGCAACUAGUUGCUUGGAUAGAACGAGAGGAUAUGAAGAACUAUUGGAAGGUAUCGCAUCCAGUAGCUGAACAUGAAUGUGGCGUUGUUCGCGACCAUGAUUGCCUUGACAAGAACUAUAACAGACAUCAAGGACAGAUGAUCACCCUAUGGCACUAUAUGCAGUAUCCAGAGGAUCGAGCUAGGGAGGAUCGCUCUAAUGUCCUGCGGUUUCAGCAAGCUAAAGCCUUCUCUUCUUCAGGAAUGGGUCACGGCUCUUCACCAUUGAAGCACGAAGUCCGAGCUGAGGACAUGUAG